AUGAACGAUAAAAAUGAAACCCCUAACAUUAUUUUUAAAACUGGUUUGAUUAGUGGAUUUUUGGAUAGCCUUGUUGUGCCUGGAACAAUUGAAGGUUUUCUGUGUGAAAUGAUUAUUGAUACCGGUUCAAAUAUUACCAUUGUUCGACCAGAUAUAUUAAGGAAGAUUUCGAAGGAGAAGACUGUAGAAAUCAAGCCAGUGGAAAGUUGUUUGCGAACAGUGACAGGUGAUACAACUGCAGUGCGGGGACGAGGUUGCAUACAUAUUCAAAUCGGUGAUCUAAAAACAGCCCAAGAGGUGUGGAUUGCGGAGAUAGAAAACGAGUGUAUUUUGGGUUUAGAUUUCUUGGGACCGAAUGGUUGCAUAGUCAAUGUGGCGGAUAGGUGUCUACGGGUUGGCAUGCAGGAAAUUCAGUUGCAACCUUUGGUGAACAAGGAACAGCCAAGAUGUCGGAGGGUGUGGACAGCAGAAACUACGACGAUCCCGGCGCGAAGCGAAGCGUUGAUUUCUGGCCAGUUGCAGGAUGGUGAAUAUGGGGAGUCGGUGAGAGACAUUUGGGGAAGUUUAGAACCAGCAAAGAACCGAGGGCUACCAAGUGAAGUGAUUUUAGCCAGGACGGUAGUAGAUGUGCGCAAGCCAACGUUUGUCGUUAGAGUAAUGAAUUUGUCCGACGAGGAAAGGGUUAUUCGUAAAGGUACGGAAGUUGCAAGCUGUGAGUCGGUUGAAUGUGUAACUUUAUCAGGAGAGAGCGAAGUCAGCGAAAGGCAGCAGGUUUCGGAAUUUCAUCAAACAUUGCGGGAACUUUAUGAGCGAAGUGCAGAGGGCCUUGACGGCUCCCAAAGAAAGAAACUUUACGCGCUGCUGGCUGAUUUCGAAGAUAUAUUUUCUAAGGGUUCACACGACAUUGGUAGAACGUCUCUUACGUCUCACAAGAUCGUGUAA